CCAGGAAGCAGCCUGCUGGGGUGGACACUCAUUCCCCGGCCGCGCUGGGGAAGGAGACUGGCGGGCCGCGCAGGAAAGAACGACACCGGGCCGCGCUGCGGCGAGGGGGAGGCGCGCUUCUUCCGUCACUUCCGGCGCGCGGGGGGGGAAAGGGCAGAAGUGCGGCUGUCCCGUGCCAAGCCGGAAGUCCCGCCCCCGAGCCGUGGGCUCUCGCGCCUGCCUGGGAGACCAGCCUGGUGCGCUGGUUGGACUGAGCGGCCGCGCGGGGCUUGCUGGGACGCGGCGGCGCGCGGGGCAUUGUGGGGGGCCGCGGUGGGCCUGGCUGAACCCCUCCGUGGCGGAAUGGCGGCGGCGGCGGCGGCGGCGCGAGGCCGGCAAUUGGCGUUGGCGGCGCUGAGCCGGGCCAGGGCCUCGGCCUCCCUGCCGUGGGGCGGGCGGGAGCGGGGCGCGGCCGGAGGGGUGGCCUGGCUGAGGCUGGGUCCGCCGGGUCCGCCCCCGAGACGGCUCUUUUCCUCGCGGAACCGUCCUGAAGGUAAAGUGUUGGAGACAGUGGGCGUCUUCGAAGUGCCAAAGCAGCAUGGCAAAUACGAGACAGGGCAGUUAUUUCUCCACAGCGUCUUUGGGUACCGGGGCAUCGUCCUCUUUCCUUGGCAAGCCAGACUGUACGACCGAGACGUUGCUUCUCCCGUGCCUGAAAAGGGUGAGAAUGCAGCCAGCCACGGAUCCAAAGAGGUGAAGGGCAAGACACACACGUACUACCAGGUGCUAAUAGAUGCUCGUGACUGUCCACAUAUAUCGCAGAGAUCGCAGACAGAAGCCGUGACUUUCUUAGCCAACCAUGACGACAGCAGAGCCCUCUAUGCAAUCCCAGGGCUUGACUACGUCAGCCACGAAGACAUCCUGCCGUAUACAUCCACUGACCAGGUGCCCAUCCAGCAUGAGCUGUUUGAACGGUUUCUCAUGUACGAUCAGACGAAAGUUCCUCCCUUUGUGGCAAGGGACACCCUGUGUGCCUGGCAGGAGAAGAACCACCCCUGGCUGGAGCUCUCCGAUGUGCACCGAGAAACCACCGACAACAUCCGGGUGACCGUCAUCCCCUUCUACAUGGGCAUGCGGGAAGCCCAGAAUUCCCAUGUCUACUGGUGGCGUUACUGUGUCCGCUUGGAGAACCUCGACCACGAAGUCGUGCAGCUCCGAGAGCGGCACUGGCGGAUCUUCAGCUUGUCCGGCACCCUGGAGACGGUCCGUGGCCGGGGAGUCGUGGGCCGCGAGCCGGUCUUGUCCAAAGAGCAGCCCGCCUUCCAGUACAGCAGCCACGUCUCGCUACAAGCCUCCAGCGGCCAUAUGUGGGGCACUUUCCGCUUUGAGCGGCCCGAUGGCUCCCACUUCGACGUCCGGAUCCCACCCUUCUCUCUGGAGAGCAAUAAGGACGAGAAGACGCCCCCUUCCGGUCUCCACUGGUAGAGCCGCCCUCGGGACAGGAGCCCUGCUCCCCAGACCUCCACGGCCCGCUUCUUCCCUCCAGGGCUGGGACUGGAGCUCUUUAGAACAAAAAGCAAAAAAAACCAACCCCCCCCCAAACCCCACAUUUGGAACCCUCUCCUUUUAACCGUGGUUAAAAACGGGUCUUUGUUUUGGGACUCCUCAACCUGGCUUGUGGCGACUGCUUGGCGUCCGUCGUUGCUUCCCCUGCGUGGCUCCUCCUUGAGCCAGAGCCAGGGCGCCUCGAACAAAGAUGCUGGCUGUGCAUGGGGCCCGGAAAGGGAGGGGGCUCCGUCAGGCAUGGUGUGGACCCUUUUAAAUGUGAAUCCCCCCCACCCACCCGCCCCGAAUAAACAGGCCCUCCUCACCUGCAGCUCAGGCUUCCUUCCGGGCAUCCUUAGACGUCCUUGACUGCAACUCCCAUAAUGCCCAGCUCAAGACCAUUGCAGCGUGGGAUGCUGGGAGUUGUAGGCAACAGCUGGGAGGGCUGGCUGUUCCUCGGAUCUCAUCAAGCCCAGACCUUUCCCCUCUCACCAGGGAGAGUCCCCAGUUGGAAGACUGGAGGAGGGGCGGGAGCGGGGCGGCUGCUCCCUCUGCCCGGGACCCCAAAGUGCCAGCAUCCAGGGCAGGUUCUUCUGGGCAAGUCCCGCCUCCCAUUCCUUCUGUUUUGCUUGCGCUGGAUCUGUUUGCUUUGGGGGCUUGGAGUAAAAGGCCGGGUUGGAGGGGAAGGAAAGCGAGGGUGUGCUAAUCAGCCGCCGGGCACUGAGCUCUUUCACCAGAGGAGGAGGAGGAGGAAAAGCCCUCUCUGAACAGUCACCCCAGUCCCAACCUGCCUCUUACUCACAGUGGGUCCGAAAACGGGACCGGGUGCAGCUCCUGAGCUUGGGGUCGGACACAUCCCCUCUCCUCCUGGGGGUCGUGAGGACAACGCUGGGGGUCUCUUGUGGCUCUGGGGUGCGUGUCGCACCUCUUGGCCUCCGUGAGCUGCUUGCCGGCGGCUCUUGUCUGUUAGUGAGGGGGGCGUGGGAGGCCUCGCUUGCCGGUUGGAGCAAGCCGGAUCGACUGCAGUGACUCUGCUGCUGCCCCCCUUGGUCUAAUGGGUGGUGGCCUCCACUGUGACCCUGGAGCCCUCGGCGGCUCAGUCCUCCCCGGCAGAAGCUGGAUUCUCCUGGUCCACGCAGGCAGCGGCUCCCUGCAAGCAAUGGGGUCAGCGGAGCGGGCAAGCCGGGCCGGGCUUGUGCAGGAGCUGCUUCUCGGGCUGGGCUUGCCUUGUCACCCUUCCAGUCCUGGCUGGCCCCUUGUCCCGGGACCUUGGCGUGUCGUGGGGUGGUGGGUGGGGGGAGACCUUGCCAGGGUCUGAGCUGCUGGAGGUGCCGCCCCUUGCCGAGGGGCAGGAGCAGGGUCAGGGUGGUGCCAGGGCCGGGCCGCGAGCCAGACCCACACCCGCUUGACGCAUGCAGCCCCCCCCAGGGCGUCCCUCCGGAUGCUGCUGCUGUGCUCUGUCCUGGUGCCUGCCCAAAGCAAAGCCAAUAGCAUUGAGGUUGGAAGCCGCUUAGGGUUAGGGUUAGGGGGGGUGGAGAAGCCUCCCUGGGGCAAGGCCCCCCCUUCAGCCCAGCCCGGGAGACUCGGGGCGGGUGAUCCUGGGCGAGGGGAAGGGGGUCCUCCUCUCCCCUGUCCCCCUGGCGGUGGCCCAGGCUGGCUUUUCUCCUGUAAGUAACUGUACGAAGCAAAGAGCGGUCCAAUAAAGCCUUGAAGGAA